AAUUCAAUAUUAGAAAAUUUUGGAGAGAAACUUCUAUGUUGUUGUUUAAAUUGGUAAGAAACGGACAGAUGCAUAAACACUAAACACAAAGAUUUGGCUUUAACGAUAAUCUUGAAGAAACAAUGAAACAGAGAACUCUGUUUUCAAUUCUCUGUUUUGUCCUCAUAAGCUUCGGUGCUGCUUCAGUUUCAGCUCAGACAUGCACGAAGGACAAGGGGACUUUCAGAUCCAACAGUAAUUACGACGUAAAUCGCCGUCUCAUCCUCUCUUCUCUUCCUUCCAACGUCACGGCUCAGGAGGGUUUAUACUACAACGGUUCGAUCGGACAAGAACCGAACCGUGUCUACGCAGUUGGGAUGUGCAUCCCUGGAUCAACUUCAGAAGACUGUUCUGAUUGUAUCAAGAAAGCGUCUGAUGAAUUUUUAAAGAAUUGUCCUAACCAAACAGAAGCGUAUUCAUGGCCAGGUGAUCCCACGCUUUGCUAUGUGCGUUACUCCAACACUUCUUUCUCUGGAUCUGCAGAUCUUGACCCGCGCUCACUGCUCACCAACACUGAAGAUAUCAACUCAAAUCUAACAGAGUUCACGACAAUAUGGGAAGGAUUAAUGGCUCGUAUGACUGGUACAGUCUCCACAGCCAAAAGCACACCUUCUUCCAGUGAUAACCAUUACACAGCUGAUUCAGCAGCCUUGACACCUAUCCGGAACAUAUAUGCCUUGAUGCAAUGCACACCGGAUCUUUCUUCUCGUGACUGUAAAAAUUGUCUGCGACAAAGCGCAAAUGACUACCAGUCAUGUUGUGGUCAGAGGCAAGGAGGUGUUGUUAUGCGGCCAAGCUGCUUUUUGCGGUGGGAUUUGUAUACGUAUUCCAACGCUUUUGAUGAUAUUACGGUGGCUUCUCCUCCUCCAGAACCUCUUGUGACUGUGCCAUGAUGUAGUACUUUUAUCAAUUAAAUUAUAUCUCCGUUUGCAAUGAUCAACAGUACACAUGAAUCUUAAUCUAAGCUAAUAAAAAAGGAUUGGUUUUAUA